AUCAUCUCCUGUCCUACUCCGGAACGCUGAGAUGGAGGUCCUCACCCCCGACCCUCACAGUGCACCAUGGGAAAGGAACUGCAGUGUGAGGGGGAGGACUAAAGUUGAGUUGAGAUAUGUACAUCUCACAGGAAAUGAGCUGGGAGCUGGGAGUGGUUGUGUGCUAAACAAACGAAAAGCGAAAGCCACACCGACAGCCUGAAACGACAGAAGUCUUUAAAAAACUUUAAUCUGACCUCAAAAGACAGCACAGACACUUCAAGGCAUAAGACUUCCAGCUAUGGCAACCAUUACUUUAACAGUAGCAAAAGCCAUUCCAGACAUUGUUAGCAAAGGAAUGGCCAUUCAUAGCCAGUUAAUGCAGGUGAAGAAGAACAAGAAACGCUGUGCACGUUUGGCAGACCGUGUGAAAGCUGUAGUGGAUCCACUGGUUUUGGCUGAACAGGGUGUGAAAGAAGAGGUUGUGCAGAAGGCCCUUGAUGUGGUCAACAAAGUACUGGAGGAAGCUGAGACACUGAUGGAAAAGUAUGAGAAAACCCACUGGAUAAAGAAGACAUUCAAUGCAAAAACCUUGAAGGAAGAUUUUGAUGAGGUGAACCUGCACCUGACAGAGGCAUCACAUCACCUCUGUGCCUGCCUACAAGUGCUAGAACACAAGGACCGAGCAAAACAACAGAAGAUUCUUGAAGAUGUGUUUAAUGAUCAAAGGAUUCUCAAGGAGAAUUUUGAAGACAUGAAGAUUGAUGAGCAGGAAUGGGAGAAAUUGCUGUCAUUAGCUGAGGAAACCAAGGACGUGGUGGAUGCCACUGACCGGAAAAUGAGCGCUUUACAAAGAGACGUGCAUGACAUCAAGGUCGCUGUGGGAGCAGGUCCUCCUGUGAGUCAGGAAUCUGCAGCAUCUACACUGAAAGCCACAGAUCAAGUGUUCAAUAUUCGAUGUGAACUCAUAAACAGGAUAAAUGACGCCACUCUGAAAGCAGUACUGGAUGGCCUUCAGAAACCCACCUCUGACAAGCCCCCCGUCAUUAAGGGCAGAGAGAGGAAUGAAGUUCUGCUUCAGUGUGACUGAGGACCAGGUGACCUGCCUGGUUGACAUGGUGCAUAAGAAGGGUGAAAAGGCCUGUGAGAGAUUUCUGUCUCUCCUUAAAAAAGAGGAGCCUGGUCUUUGCAAGGAGCUUGGUCUGACAUGUCAGUGAUCUAGGCUAGUCUGUUUACUCUCUAGAACAUAUCAUCAUUUUUAUUGUGGAAAAUAUUUGUUUUGUUAUGGAAAAAAAUCUAUUGGUUGUUAUUUCUGUCACAAUGCCUGCUCUGUCAUGUACAACAUUAUACAAUUGAUGUGACUACAUCGUAAUUUUUAGAGCACUCGGAUAUUUCGAAGGAAGGAUCUGAUAGCAAUUUCAUUGCAAUUCACCUCACAUUCCAAAUUGCGAAAAGAGAAGUAAGCAAAAGUGUGCAAUCACAAGGAAUAAUAACUGUUUUGUCUUGUUGUCAAUGUGACAGUUUACUUUGUAAUUAUUUUCUAACAAACAAUGUGCAAGGCAGCUCUAUUUUCUAUUUCAAAACAACAAAGUUACACAUUAUUGUGUGUGGAGAGAAUUGAUUGACUGGGUGUGUUUGGGACAGCAUAAAGAAAACAAAGACUUUUACAGCAUUGCAUGUGCAAAUGUGAAAUUACCAAUAUACAGUAAAACACCCUUGGUCAGAGCUGUGCACCUGUCUGUCAGGUCACAUAUGCUUGGCAGACUAUGACAACUAGUCAUGACAGCUAGUUCAAUUGUGGUAUGUGGGAAGAUUUGGACGACACUGUCCCUCUUCACUAGACUAAGGGUUUAGAGCAAGCUUCUCAACUUACAUGUAUUUUUACUUAAAAAUUGCUUCUUGAAUGGGUGUGUGAAUGUGGUUUCUAUAAACA